ACCGUUAUCCAAUCUAACCCAAGUUCUUGAAAAACAACCGGUUGAAACCUGUACAAAGAGAAAAGAUUAGACAGAAAUCGAUGGCUUAAGAACUGCAUGCGUUGCAAUCAGUCUAUCAUAACGAUCCUUCAGUGGUUACUGACUCUACCAUCUUUUCUUCAAUUCAGAAAUCUGGCGAUAAAGAGAAGUUGAAAAGCAUGAGUUCUUUUCGCCGGGAAACCGAUCGCUGCCGACCAGUAUGCUGUUCUACGACUCCCCGUUUUAUCCAGGUUAUCUUGGAUGAUACUUCGAGACACGUCAAACUUGGCAUUCCAAAGAAAUUUGUGAAUGAAUAUUGUCGGGGUCUAUCAGAUUCAGUAUGUCUUAAGCUUCCAAGUGGAUCUGAAUGGGAAGUAGAAGUGACAAGGAGCAAUGGAAAGGUUUGGUUUGAGAAGUGUUGGCCGGAGUUCUCAAAGUUUUACUCUCUUGGCAUUGGUGAUUUUCUAGUUUUUGAAUAUGAAGGGAAUUCUGAAUUCAACGUUUUCAUAUUUGAUAGAAGCACCACUGAGAUUGAGUAUCCCAUAAAAAGGCCGAAGAUGGAAGAAGCUCUUGACAAUGAAUUAUCUGUUGAAAUCUUGGAGGACAUUCCACCCAGCCCAAAAACAAGGGAAAAAACUCCACAACCAUGUCCUCAAGCUUACAAGAAAAUGAAGACAAGUUCGAGGGGUAAAGCAGACGACGUGUUUGAAAAUGUGAACACUGAACCUCUUGAGGAACCAAAGAAAAACAACGAUUUUCAUUGCUCUGCAUCAAAAAUCAAAAUUGUCUUUUAUCCUGUCACAGAAGCUGCUAAUUGCCCCUUGUCACCAGGACAUGGCAAAGGAACAAUUCAUCAAGUCAAAAGGAAGGGAAGUCCAGUAAUAGAAGUAGAAUCUGACUGCGAUGUGAUUUGUGGAAUUGGUGUAUCUGGCUCUCUUAAAACUGGCAAGAACAAAGUGUCGAAGACUGGUGUGCAGGUUACUGGAAGGCCCUCUUCACCUUUGACAACUCCGGGAUAUAAUCACCAUGAAGCUGCCAACAACUUUGUCUCAGAGAAUCCCUUUUUCAAAGUCACUUUGGGUUUCUGCCAUAUGGGGAAGUCAGCUGUGCAUUUACCAGCUAGUUUUGCUUGGAGUUUCAUAAAAAGGGAGAAAGAAAAAGUGUGGCUUCAGGUCACAGAUAGAUUGUGGCCUGUGGAUUUGACAGUAUUUAAGCCAUCUUUAGCUUCAUUUUCUUCUGGCUGGGACACAUUUGUUGAGGAGUAUUCGUUAAGAGUCGGAGAUGUCUGCAUAUUUGAGCUUAUGGAGAUGGAUGAUGACAUUAUACUACAAAGGAUUCCAAAGAGCUUUUUGGAUAUAUAUGGAGAAGAUCUAUCAAAUUGGGUGUACUUUAAGCUCCCAUAUGGUCCAGAACUAGAUAUAGGACUCACAAGCUUUAAUGGUGAGGUCUGGUUUAGGAAAGGUUGGCCAGAGUUCUCUAAGCUGUACUCACUUGAGAAAGGUUACUCGCUAAUUUUCGGGUAUGAAGGGAAUUCUAGGUUUCAGGUUUCCAUAUUUGAUGGAAGCAACAACAUGGAGAUUGACUAUACCACAAGAAGAAUGCUUGGAAGUGAAGAGAGUGAUCAAGAUGAUGAUAUAUCUCUUGAUAUCUCGGAGGAUAUUCGACCAAAUGUUGAUUCUGAGGAGCGUGUAAAGAAAGAAACACAUUGGUCAAAAUCAGAAAUGUUAAGGAAAAACCAGUUUGUAGCGGAAAGACAUGGGGGAGGCAAAGCAAGACUGUUUCAGAGAGCUAAAUCUUACAACUGUUCUUUCAAAGUUCCCAUGCAUUCCACUUAUAUCAAUCAUAAUCUUUUGUGGCUGCCUAAAGCAUUUGUCAAGACAUAUCUUGUUAAGCAACCUACAGAUGCUGCACUUAAAAUUUCAGGUGGAAAGAAAAGUUGGCCUGUUAAAUUGAGAUAUGAAGAAGCAAAAGGAAGAGUCAAAUUCCAGUCGGGUUGGACUGACUUUGUGAGAGACAGAAGUUUAAAAGAGGGAGAUAUCUGUGAGUUUGUGUUGGUUGACAGCAAGAGACAUGAGAAAUCUCCACUGGAAUCCCAGCCUCGCAAGAGGAAGAGACAUAGUUCCAGAACUCUGAUAGACAUAUUCCCUGAAGAAAGACCUGUGGUUCCUAGGAAGAUGCAUCCUCCUAUUACCGCAAGUUCUGGAAAAGUUCCGAGAGCUAAUGGUUUCGAAUCUGCAAACCCUGAUUUCAAGAUUCUACUAAAACCCGCAUAUAUCCAUGGAAAUUAUUUGUAUAUGCCAGCCAAGUUUGCCAAAAGAUAUCUUGUUAAACAGCCUGGUCAUGCCAUCCUUCAGGUUGAAAGAAAAAGAACUUGGUAUGUCAACUUACAUUAUGCUUCAGGAAGAACCACAAUCCAAAGUGGUUGGGCUACAUUUGUGCAAGACAAUGAUUUGAAAGAGGGUGAUACCUGUGUUUUCAUGUUGACUGACAAGAUCAAGUUUUUAUUUGACGUUGUCAUCUUCCGAUCCACAUAGAAGCUAUAAUUUCAC